CCAACUCAGUCCUCCAGAUGAGAAGGUCUAGGAUCUGUCUCACUUUACCCUGAUUCUCUCUGGACUCCUGAGCACCCCAGUGUCCAUAGACAGGGCAUUCUCCCCUUCCUGAUGGCUCUGCAGAUCUCACUUCCUGGAGGGACUCUGGCCAUGGCUCAGAUCCUGCUUCUUCUCCUGUCAGCAGCAUAUCUGCCCGCUGGGAACUCUGCAGGAGACAGCAGAGAAAAUAACUUUGGGGUCAACCAGCCAGCACACCUCUCUGGAUUCCAGGGCAGCUCCAUCGAGAUCCCCUUCUCCUUCUACUUCCCCUGGGAGUUGGCCAAGGAUCCUCAGAUGAGCAUAGCCUGGAGAUGGAAGCACUUCCAUGGGGACUUCAUCUACAACUCCUCCCUGCGUUUCAUACAUGAGCACUUCAAGGACCGGCUCAUCCUAAACUGGACACAGGGUCAGACAUCUGGAGUCCUCAGAAUCCUGAACUUGAAGGAGACUGACCAGGCCGCAUACUUCUGUGGAGUUUUUCUGCAAACAACAGAAGGCAUGAAGUCAUGGCAGUCUAUUCCUGGGACCCAACUCACCAUGAUCCGUGCACUCAGGACCACCAUGAGGAGCCCCUCCAUCAUCGCCUCUGCUGUCACCACAGCUGGCCUGGAGGACACAGGGACACAGAGGGAUCCUUCACUGAUGAUCCUGGGAGCCAUGGUCACAAUGGUCAUAGCCAAGGGUGUGACCAUAAUCCCCGUCUAUGGAUUCAUGAUCUUCCUGUGGUGGAAGCAAAGGACAGCAGAGUGAAGCCUAAACCCCAGCCAGAGCUCAUGGCUGCAGGAUUGUGCAGUGAAACAUCACCAUUCUUGGACAGACAUAAGAAGAUAGCCUUCAUGUGGGCUCUGAUUCGCUCUCCUUGGAACCCAAGUCAUCCUUGUGUGUCUCUUGUCCUGAGAGCCUGACUGUGCUGUUCUCUGAUUGCUCAUGGAGUUAGUAACAAUUUUAAUAAAUGUCUUACUCCCAGAAA